AGAAAAUAUGUCAGCGACCUCGUGGCCUGGAUUUCCAAAUAAAGAAAGGAAGGGGCAUGAAGCUCAAGCACAUAGAGAACAUUAAGAGCAACUUAGAAAAAGCUUCAGCAUCAAUGCUGCGUAUUCUUCACUACAUCCUCUUCGAUACCUACGGCCAAGAUCGUACUGAAAGAUUAAGAGUCAGAACGAUCCGAAAUAUUUUGUGCUUCAGUGGUUUUCCGUUCGAGGAAGAUUCCGAAGAAUUCGAAAGAAAGCAUGUUUGUUUGACCAGGAUCUUUUUUCCCGUGUUGGUGGAAAUUCAGGAUGCGGUUAUCGGGAAGAAGAGCGGAAUGCGGUGUGAAAUAGUGGAGAAUCUUCUGACAUUCUUCAUGGCGCCUAAGAGAAUUGCUUCCGAGGAGGUGCCGGAAUAUCACGAGAAUUUAGCGGAACCAUCAUAUGCUGAGCUUGACAGAUUGAAACAGCACAUUUUAAAAGGUCCGGAACCAAUCGUUGUGUUAGAAAGAUUGCAAGGAAGUGAAAUCGAUGAAAUGGCCCAAAAUGUGCAGAGCCUGUCUAAAGAAAGCACAAGUGCUUUUAAGUAUUGCAAGCCCCACUUCAUUUUCGAUGGCCCCGGCAUCACUCUGAAGAAGCUGAUGAAAGUUCGUCGCAGUGUGUUCAGAGCUCGUAAAGAAGUUAUCAGUCUCUUGCAUGUCAUUUUAUAUGGACGAACCGAAGAUCUCAGUGAAAUGCGGCGGAAUAUUUUGGAGUUCAACGGGUUUGCGGAGAUUCAGAAGGAAUAUGCCGAGAUCCAGCCCAUCAUCCUCUCCUGCUUGACGUACACAGAAUUACAGCAGAUCUGUGAUGUGUUGAGCAUCUAUGCUACCGGCGACUCCAAAAAGAAGAGAGUGAAGAAGAUUCUGAAGUUUUUAAACUCCCCCCAUCAGCCUCCGGAUUUCAGAUCCAGACUGGAGCGGCGGAAGAGGAAAAUGCUGCUCCGGAAGGCUAAAUUGGACUCGGCAAACGAAUCCGCAUCUUCGAAAUCGAAAAGCCAACCCACCGCUGCGCCGAAACUGCGGAGCGACUCCGCUCCGUCGAAGUGGAAGGGCGAAGUGUCUUCUUCCACGUCCGAGGAUGCGACCGAAUCGAAGAAGGGGAGAGAUUCCUCGAAACCGGGAAAGAGAGAUCCUUCGCCGGAAUCGAAGGAGGGAGACGCUCGACCGGAAUCGAGCGACACGGUCACUUCGACCGAAACCGCAGCGACCGAAUCGGCGGGCGUGGCUACCAGAAGUCAGAGCAAAAGUCUGCCGAAGCUUGGCGAUUUUGGAAAAAUCCGAGAAAACGUCGAAUGUGCAACUCCAAAGGAUUUAUUGGAAUUGAAUGAUCUUCUUCUCUUGAAUCCUUCUGAUGAGACUGAAAUCCAUCAAAAUAUCCUGCAGAGUACCCAGUUCACUUUUGCCGAAGACUCCCUAGAAUUCCGUGCACGGAAGGUGGUUUUAAAUUACCUACCUUUCGAGACCAUUAAGAAGGUGGCUCAGCUGCUGGACAUUGAAAACUGUGAAAAACUUUCUACGAAGGAAGAGCUCUCGACGUCAAUAUUGAAGUUUCUGACAAAUAUGGUCCAAAAAAGAAUCGAAGACAAAAGUCAGGAUAGCGAGAUAAGUAGCACUGCAUACAUUCACAGGCUGCCUUCAAAUUCUCUGAAAAACUCGACCCUGUAUACCAAUAUUCAGCCUCUGUAUUUUUCGCCUACGGAGAUGGAGCUGGAACAAUUCAUUUCUAGGGUGGUGACGUCCAGUCAAUGGUCUUGCAAAGAUGAAGACUUGAUGGAACUGGUGUGGCACCAGUAUCCUGUUAUGAAUUUGGAGGAAAAAGUAGAGUUCAUCAAAAAGAAAGCCAAAGAAAUCCUCCGGCAGACGAAGAAGAGGGCCUUCGACUCCCUGGCCAAGGAGGAAGAUCGUUGGGACGAGGAAGAGGACGAGGAUGCAUUCAUCGACAUCAUGACGUGAAAAUGUAUCGACAUGUUUCUUGUAAGAUAUGUACAAAUUUUGUAUCAUAAGACUAUUUUAUGAAGCUGUACUCUUGUUAAGACUG